GGAAAAAGGAGGAGUGGAAGCAGCCUCCUCCAGUUGCUCUGUUCGCUCUGCUUCUCCUCUUCUUCCUCGCCUCUUCUUCCAAGUCUCAAUGAAGUUCUGGAGGGCAGUCGGUGGCAGUGAGUGGCCUCUCUCUUUUGGAGUUCCACAAAAAAUGAAGGAGUGGUGGCUUUCGCUCUGUACCCACACCCCGCUCUGUUUAAUGUUCGCCCUGAGUUAAAGGGUAAAGACAAAACCGAUUUGUGCACUAUGAAAUAUUGCUGUGGCUGCCUUCAACUCCGUCAAGCGGUGAGCUUGAUCGGCUUGGUAUUUUUCACCGUCUCCUUGGUGUUGUUCGUGGCCUAUCUCGUGUUCAUCGAAGACAUUCGCACCGGGUUGCUCAAUGACCAUUUUGGGAUUCCACCGUGUGAAAUGCCAUUGCUCGACGUGUUGGUCGACUCGUUGGUUGAAUAUUCCCUGGCCUCGAACCUCCUCCUUCUUUUUGGUGGCGUUAGCCGCUGGUUGCUCCUGCCAUGGCUCUAUGUCUAUGUCUUGAAUAUGGUGGCCAUGCUUGGGUUCUUUGUAUUCCUCUUGGUGUCUCCCAUCGCCUCGGGAACCAUGAUAUCCGGCGAUUCCACGGUCAACUAUGUCGUAGCUCUGGGUCUCCUGCUUCUGAUGACCUUGUUUCUUUACGCGUGGGCCAUUAUUCGAGCCCGAUUUGACGAGAUGAGCCUUGAAGAGCAAAAGAGCUCCACCCAAUUCUGUCGGGUCUCCAAUGGAUUCUUUGUACAGUGUGUGGGCGGGAUCUUUGCCAUUUCCAGCGCUCUUCUUCUCUUGGGCUAUUACGCCAAAUUGGACGAUGUCAUCAUCCGCAAGUUGUCGCAAAUGACCAAGAUCACCAACUUCAAUUUCAAGCCCAUCGUGUCUAGUUUCAUCAUCAGUAGCAUCGUCAUCAAUCUCAUGCUAAUCGCCGGCGGAUCUGGUUCCAAGUGGAGAAGAUGCUUGCUGGUUCCAUGGUUGAUCUUCUAUGGGCUUUUGGUCCUAUUUUGCCUCGGGACUCAUCAGUGGUUCACCACUCUCUGUUGGGUGGAAGAGAAGAUCUAUGGGCUGCUUUCUUUGAUUUUUGGAAUCAUCCUUCUCUGCCUUUGGACCUUGGUGUGGAUUGUGGCCGCUGAAGCCUCAGAGGCGGAGGAAGUUCAAACAACCACGUUCACAAACACAAAAUUGAGUAAUUUUCAUAGACUAUAGAUAACCAGUUACUGACAAUUGGCAUGACGUCUAAGAAUUGUACAAGAUAAAUAAAUGGAGACUUUCAAUGACUUGCUA